CAAGCCAAAUUAAUAAUUCUUUUUUUUUAAUUAUUUGGCGAACGAAGCACGGCAGCUGGAAUGUUGGGCUUUCUGCAGGCACUGCAAGGCAGCGGAUCCGGGGCGGAGCAACUGCCCGGCGACAUAUACACCGAGUUCUUCGCGGACAUCCUGCAGGCGGCCAGGGAAAAUGGAUGCAAGCCGGAGGAUCAGGAAAAAACGCAGGGAUUCUACAUGCUGCGCAGCUUCGACACGGAGAACAGCAAUCAAUUGGAGCCGCCGGCGGCCUCGGAUGAGGAUGCCUGGAUCUUUGGCUACGGGUCGCUGGUGUGGAAGGCGGAUUUUCCGUACAUAGACCGCCGGCGCGGAUUUGUUUGGGGCUUCAAGCGCCGCUUUUACCAGCACAGCAUCGAUCAUCGUGGAAUUCCAGAACGUCCUGGUCGCGUGGUCACUCUACUGCCGGGCGAUCCUGACCAGGAUCGCGUCUAUGGCGUGGCAUAUCGCAUUGCCGCGAGUCAAAAGGGCGCUGUGCUGGAUCAUCUGGAUUACAGGGAGAAGAAUGGCUACGAGCGUUGCAGCUUGGAGUUCCACGAGUAUUCGAAUACCACCGCUGGCGGUGGCGGCAAACCCAUCCAGGUGAUCAUGUACGUGGCCACGCAGGCGAACGACUCGUAUGCCGGCCAUGUCUGGCAAGUGCCCUGCAUCGCGAAGCAAAUCUUCAGCUCUGCUGGACCCAGCGGACCCAAUCGCGAGUACCUGUUCAAUCUGGCCACCGCCAUGGAUCAGCUCUUUCCCGGUGCCGUGGACGAGCACUUGGAGGAGCUGGUGGCCUGCGUGAGGCGUUACAUUGCCGAGGAUGAGCCCGAGCUGAUGCGGCAUGCCCUGUUGCAAGAGAUCGCCGGGAUUCUAAAGGAGGAGCAGCUGGCCGAGCAGGCUCAGCGUCUGGAGGAGCUGCUGGAACGAUGCCAGCAGCCUGGCGGACGCGAGUGGCUGCUCCACGGGGCUCUGCAGCCCAAGAGAGAGGCGUGACCCCCACCUAUUCCACUAGAGAAUUACUAUUUAUAUUAAAUGCCUUAAAUGAGCCUGGGCUGGGUGUUUUUCGCUGAUGCACCAUUCCAAAUAGACCGAUUAUAAUGACGUGGUACGGAGAUUUUUGACUAAUCAGGGACCCUUGGUAUCAUAAUUAGUAUUGUGAUUUAAAAUCAAUGAUUUAAAAAAUAUUUAUUUUAAAUAUUAAUGACAAUAAA